UCCCUCUCUAUUUCAUUUUUUGCCACCAAGCCUUGGAGCCAUCCAUUUACAAAGUUUAACAGCUGAUGAAUUCUUCAAAUCCAAUCGCCACUCACCCAACCUUGAACUAUUUAUCAAAAUGCCAGACACUUUGCUCUCUCAAGCAAGUCCAUGCCCAAAUGAUAACAACUGGCCUCACUCUCCAUACUUACCCUCUCAGUAAACUCCUUUACUUAUCAUCCACUCUAGCUUUAUCCUAUGCCCUCACAAUCUUUAACAAAAUUCCAAACCCAACAAUUUUUCUUUUCAACACUCUCAUUUCCUCAAUAACAACUAACCAGAAAAGUCACACCCUCCUGGCCUUUUCCCUCUAUGAAAGAAUUCUUUGUAACAAAACAAUUAAACCCAAUUCCCACACUUACCCAUCUCUCUUCAAGGCUUGUGGCUCUCACCCUUGGCUGCACCAUGGGCUAGCCCUCCAUGCCCAUGUCCUAAAAUUCCUUGAAACCCCAUAUGAUAGUUUUGUUCAAACCUCGUUGCUUAAUUUCUAUGCUAAUUGUGGCAAAUUGCUUGUGGCUAGAUAUUUAUUCGAUCAAAUUAGCGACCCAGAUUUAGCCACGUGGAAUUCUGUUUUAUCUGCUUAUGCAAGUUGUUAUAGUUCUAGUUAUUAUGUAAGUAAUAGUAAUGUUUCCAGUGAGGACAGUGGGUUACCAAUGGAGGCAUUAUAUUUAUUCAACGAGAUGCAAAAUUCUUUAGUGAAGCCAAAUGAAGUUACCCUGGUGGCUGUAAUUGGUGCAUGUGCAAAUUUAGGUGCUCUUAGCCAAGGCAUAUGGGCACAUGUUUUUGUAGUAAAGUGCAAUAUUAAGUUAAACUACUAUGUGGGUACUGCUUUAAUCAGUAUGUACUCAAAAUGUGGGUGUUUGGACUUGGCAUAUCAGCUAUUUGAUCAAUUACCUGAAAGGGACAUAUUAUGUUACAAUGCAAUGAUUGGAGGGUUUGCUAUUCAUGGUUAUGGUCAUAGGGCACUUGAACUUUAUGAGAAAAUGAAGAUUCAAGGGUUAGUUCCUGAUGAUGUGACAUUUGUUGUUACAAUGUGUGCUUGCUCGCAUGUUGGGUUAGUAGAGAAGGGCUGCAAGAUUUUCGAGUCCAUAAAAGAAGAUUAUGGUAGGGAGCCAAAGCUCGAACAUUAUGCGUGCUUGAUUGACCUUUUAGGUAGAUCUGGGAGGGUUCAGGAGGCUGAGGAAAAGCUCAGGGAAAUGCCCAUGAAACCAAAUGCCAUUUUGUGGAGGUCUUUACUUGGGGCAGCAAGGAUUCAUGGGAAUUUGGAGGUUGGGGAAGUUGCAUUGAAGCAGUUAAUAGAAUUGGAGCCGGAAACUAGUGGGAACUAUGUGCUUUUAUCAAAUAUGUAUGCAAGCAUUGAUAGAUGGGAAGACGUUAAAAGAGUGAGAAAAUUAAUGAAAGAUCAUGGGAUUCAUAAAAUGCCUGGCAGUAGCUUAGUUGAGCUUAAUGGUGCCACGCACGAAUUCCUCAGUGGAGACAAGACACACCCUUGUACAAGAGAAAUUUAUUUGAAGCUUGAAGAGGUUGGCAGAAGGCUACAGCAAUAUGGCCAUAAGCCAAGAACCAAAGAAGUGUUGUUUGACAUAGAUGAGGAGGAAAAAGAAGAUGCCCUUACUUACCAUAGCGAAAGUGAUUGCCAUGAAAGUACUAAGCUUAUUUCAGUAGUAUAUGGAAGAGAGAUUAUAGUAAGAGAUCGAAACCGGUUUCAUCACUUCAAAAAUGGAACUUGUUCUUGUUUGGAUUAUUGGUGACAGUGGAGAAAGAGUGUUCCUUUCAUGAAAUGCAAAGCUUGGUUAUAAGAGUCCAAGUAUCUUUGAUUUCAAUUCAUCAUUUUGUACGAUUAUUUAGAUAGAUUAUUGAUUGUACAUUCAACUUCGCCUAUUGCCUAAAAUGAUGUGCAUAGCAUUUGAACUUAUCAGUUUUUUUUUUUUUUUCCCUUCAUUUUUGGUUGUUCAUGUCUUCCUAAACGGAUAGGCCGCUGAGUGUUGCAGAAGGUCGUCAUUCUUCCUUGGUUAUGGCAAUAUUGUUUGUCAUCAAAUAAAAAUGUAUAUUAAAACAGGCAUAUUAUCCAUCCUCGUCCUCAUAAAAUUCGUGGAGAUCAUUCCCAAAUUACCAGGAAGAAAGUGUGUGGAAGUGAGAAGCAGGGGCCAGCUACGUACACGUCUCCUGGCAUUCGCUAGAAGCUUUCCAUCGAACAUUUGGAUGGGCUUGCUUGCCAGCCGGACUUGAUCAUACCUUAUUAAAUCUUAUCUUUUGCUACUCUAUCAACCUAAAGUGAAUUAUUAAAUUACAUAUAGAGUUUUUUCUUAUG